UUCACCAAAGAAGACUUGGAAAUCUCAUUUCCGCACUCUUUUUCCAAUACAAUAAAAAAACUGUAUAAAACCCGUUUCCAAACACACUCUCUCUUUCACUUCCUUUCUUCCCGACACGCUUAACUUUCUCUGCAUCUUGCCUCUCUUCACUCUAAGAGAAACUGAACUGGACGCUGAGGAGCAGUAGGAGUAAACAAAGUAAAGGAAGAGGAAAAGAUGCAUUCAUUUGGGUACAGAUUAAAUGCUCUGCUAACAUUUGCUGUGACAAUUCUGGCACUAAUGUGCGCCAUGGGGUCUCUCUCAGACAACGUCAACACUCCCUCUCCCUCUGCAGAAAUCCAGAUUAUGAACAUUAAUUGGUUCCAGAAGCAGCCGCAGGGGAAUGAUGAGGUCAGCUUGACAAUGAACAUAUCAGCUGAUUUGCAGUCAUUGUUUACAUGGAACACGAAACAGGUCUUCAUAUUUGUAGCAGCUGAGUACGAAACCCCAAAGAAUUCGUUGAAUCAGGUGUCACUUUGGGAUGCCAUAAUACCCGCCAAAGAGCAUGCAAAGUUUUGGAUCCACACCUCAAACAAAUAUCGUUUUGUUGAUCAGGGAAACAAUCUCCGUGGCAAAAAAUUCAACUUGACAUUGCAUUGGCAUGUUAUGCCUAAGACUGGAAAGAUGUUUGCCGACAAAUUAGUCAUGACGGGUUAUAGUUUGCCAGAGGAAUAUAGAUAAGGUUUUUCUUGGGUGUAUUUUUUUGGGGUUGCUGUAACUUUAGCCUUCCCAAUAUGCCGGAUGUUAUAGCUCAGCUGUAUCAGAGAACUUGAGAUGUAGCCUCUCCUCUAUAUGGGGACAUUAAAGCUCAGUUGAAUUAAGAUAGUUUGAAACAUUGACACUUCAUGUUUGAGACAGUGAGGAAAUGACUAUUUCUCAACCUUUUAAAACACCUUGGCUUUUUGGUUGCUAAA